ACGCGCUCUCAGGGGAACACGAGAUGCGUUUGGCUUUAAACUGCGUUUUGAUUCUGACAGCCGUGGCGGUGUGUGCGGCGUACAAGGUGCCAAACGCCCAGGUGCGCGUGUUCUAUCCCAAGGGAUUUGAGGUUUCCAUACCGCACGAAGAGGGCAUUACAUUGUUCGCCUUCCAUGGCAAGCUAAACGAGGAUUUUGAUGGAUUGGAAGCUGGCAGCUGGGCGCGCGAUAUACCCAACGCGAAGAAGGGACGCUGGACAUUCCGUGAUCGUGAAACGGUUUUGAAUAUAGGCGACACGCUGUACUACUGGACCUUUGUUGUCUACAACGGAUUGGGCUAUCGCGAGGAUGAUGGCGCGUAUGUGGUCACCGAGUAUACGCCAAGUGGGAAAUCUUAAGACAGCUUCAAAUAAAUACGAAAUAUGAGUCUCAGCCGAGAAUUGCUAAUUUCCAUUGUGUGAUUGCCACAAAAAAAACCUGUCUUUAAUUAACUUGUCUAUAUGAAUACAUUUCGUGUAGCCACAGAACGCUUAUAAUGGUUUUAGUAUAGGGUAUUCUCUUAAAUAUACUUCACAUAAAAUAUAACCAAAUCAGCUUUUCGCUUGACUGUCCCUUGCUUAUUUGGGGGUAUCUGUGAGUAGAAGUACGCGCAACUUUCUUUAAAAUUGACUUGUUCUUGGAACAAUUGACAUGUAUUAUGGUAAUUGUAUUAAUUUGGCGUCCUUAAACGAUGCUGAAUAAAAUUCGAAUUGUUAUGAUAAAUACGGAAUCUGAUAGUGCUUCUCGCGCAGUCUGCAUAUGGGGAAUGUCAUGUAUAAUGCAAUUAAGUCAACUGAUAUUUCAAUAUAUAAAGCAAAUGCUUUAAUGAAAAUGCAUUUAUUAUGCAUCCAGA